ACCAUUUUGUCUUUUCCAACCUCUCCAAUUGUUACAAAGACUCUCAGGUUCACUUAUCCAGGAACAGAGCGAGUCCUCCUCAAAUCGCUCGCUAUCUUCAAAAGAAAACCUAUCGUUCUCAUUUUCCCAAUCAAACAUAAAGUCCAUUAUCUCGCCUCGUCUGCGAUCUUCAAGUCUGAACGACUCCGGGCUUUUUGUUCCGUCAGCUGCUGUAAGACUAAGGUUCUAAAACCGAUUUGACCGACUUGCAAUGAGGGUUUUUGAAUGAAAUGAACAAGAUUCACAUAUAUUGGAUCUCCGCAUUGUAAAGAAAUACAUAGCAGGAGAUGAAACGACUAAUUUUUGGUCAAAUUUGGCCUAAUUAGUCGUCUGACUCCUUCGCCUGCCUGCACAACAAUAACAAAUUUUGUCGGGAGUGUUCGGUGAAGUCCGUGAGUCACGGUGGCAGCUUCGAUUAUCUCCGCUAAAAAGCGGAAGCGGAAGGCCUUUUCUAAACUCAAGAGAUCAAGAUGGCCCCACGAAAAGGGAAGAAGGAACAGCAAGAGCAAGUUGUACUCGGCCCCCAAGUCAAAGAGGGCGAAAACGUUUUUGGAGUGGCUCACAUUUUUGCCAGCUUCAACGAUACAUUUGUACAUGUCACUGACUUGUCCGGAAAAGAAACUAUCGCUCGCAUCACAGGAGGGAUGAAAGUCAAGGCUGACAGAGAUGAAGCUUCUCCCUAUGCUGCUAUGUUGGCAGCUCAGGAUGUUGCUGAGAAGUGCAAGCUCCUCGGCAUCACUGCACUGCACAUUAAGCUGAGGGCUACAGGAGGAAACAGGACCAAAACCCCAGGACCUGGGGCCCAGUCCGCUCUCAGAGCCUUGGCACGUUCAGGAAUGAAGAUUGGAAGAAUUGAGGAUGUGACCCCAAUUCCAUCGGACAGUACUCGCAGAAAGGGAGGUCGUCGUGGUCGUCGUUUGUAAAUUUACAAAUUAAAACAUGUACAAGUGUGAAA